UUUCAUUAUAAUUAUAAAUAUAUAUAACUUAAGUAAUAAGAAAUAAUUUUAAGUUUAAUAUAAAGCUAUGAUUUAGUUUUGCCUGUACUCACUUAAUGUUAUUUUUAACUUUACGUCACGCUAUUAACGUAACGUUAAUAGUAAGCGCAAAGUAGUGCAAAAGAUACUACGAAUUUAUUCGUAAAGUAAGUUUUUAUUUGCUUUUUUAUUAAAUAAUCUAUUAAAAAUUUAAUUUUAUUAAUUAAUAAAUUAGUUUAAUGAUGUUAUGGACUUCGUUAAAUGCUCGAAAUAAAAAAGUUGUUGCAGCGAAAAGUCGUCAAUGAAUAGUUAUAAUGAAAAUAAUGAAUUUCAUAAUAAAGAUUGCAUGUUUUUCGAGCAAAGAAAUAAAUUUCAAAAUACUAAUUCUGUUAUUAAUGUAAAAUCAUUAUAUUCUGUUAAAAAUAAAUGUUAUGAUAAUUAUUCAAAGCUGCAUUUAUCAUGGACAAAUAAAACAAAUUCUGUACAAUUUUUUAAAUUACCUUAUGAUAUUCAAAUAAGUGAUAAAGAUACACAAAAUAAAUUUUUUUCUUCCCUGGAGCAAGAUAAAGAUUUUCAAUGUCCUAGAUGUAAUCAAAGUAUGCAGGAACCUAGAUUACUUCCUUGCUUGCAUCCUAUAUGUUCAUUAUGUAUUUCAGAAUUAAUGAAUAUGUCAUUUCCUAAAUUUUCAAAAGAUAUUAAAAUCCAAAAUUUUCAAUUGAAAACUAGUGAAAGUAAUUAUUAUGAAACUUGUCCUUUGUGUGAUUUUCAAUUACCAAAUGCUAAUUCGGCAAUUCCACCUCCACAUUAUCUCCUUCAACAUCGUUUAAUAAUGAAUGCUAUCCAUUCUAAAUUUGCAAAUAAAAUACUUUGUGACAUUUGCAAAGAUGAAGUUGUUGCAGUGGUUCAGUGUUCCACAUGUCUUCACAAUUUUUGUUUGGAUUGUGGUAUAGAACAUCAACAACAAAUUACAAUGGAAUUUAAAUCAUUAAAACAUUCAUUAAGACCGUUAUGGCAAGCUACAAAAAUACGACGUACUGUACUUUGUCAAGAACAUCCUACACAUGCCUUACAUUUUUAUUGUAUUGCAUGUCAACAGGUAUCCUGUGAAGAAUGCAUAUGGAGCAAUCAACACAGAGGUCAUGCAAGUGAAUAUGCUAUUGAAGCUGCAAAACAAGUUAUUUGGUAUUUAACAAAAAUGCUUCAAAAAGCAAAAAUACUUUUAAAUAUGCUUUUAACUCAAUAUGAUCAAGAUGCAUUUUUAAAUACUUCUGAAGAAAUAAAGAAUAUUUUCAUUUCAAUGAAUUAUAGGUAUAUCAAAUAUAAUUUUUUUCUAGUUAUUUAUUAGAUAAAAUAAUUAUAAAC